AUGGAACCCGUUCCCGAGACUGAGAGAAUGGAGGAGUUCCGAUCCUCGCCUCUUCCCUCGCUCCGCAUACAGAACCCGACCCUCCUCCCUUCUGCUGUCGCCGAGCCCGAACCUCUGCGAAAGCCUCCCACAUUGCGCCGCCAGACCGACCCAAGUCCUACCUCUCCAACCGCCCCGUCUUGGACCUUCACCCCUCUACCCUAUCGGCCCCGUACGACCUCACCCCUCUCUGGUCACCACACGAGAUCGAGGUCUGCAGCGAGCUUGGCUCCUCCCAUGUCCCGCACACAGUCUAUGCCUGGCGUAAAUGGCGCUGGUCACAUUCUGUUCUCUCCCCAACUUCGCCCCGCCAGUCCUUCCGGGUCGCCCAGCCGCGUUCGAACCCCGCGGAAGCCUGCUGACGAGGCGUUUCCCACCUCGCCCAUUCGCACCUCAGUAUUGGACUCGGACCGCAAGGUUACUGAGCGCAACAGUUCCCCGAACCUGAUAGGAACAACACCCUCCAUGGUCCUGCCUCGACACCGCCGCCCGUCUUCGCCAUUGCGCCAUCCCGGCCACGCUGGCACCGGAUCGCUCCCGAUGCCCACUACGCCCACGUCUGCGGCCUCCUCGCCGUCUUUCCGAGGCUAUGACGCCUUCUCUCAUGGGUACGGCGUCUCUACUUCGUUCCCAUCGUCCUCGGUUCCAUCCACCCCGACAUCUACGAGGUCGAGAAGCCCCAGCAUUUCUAGUCUCGAAACCAUACCGGACUCGCCCGACGCCGAGGAAGCCGCCAUGGAGGCAGAGAGGAUUGCUCAGCUUAAGGCUGCUGCGGAGGCUGCUGAGGGUGGUGAUGCUGGCGAAAACAAGAGCAGGAGCAGCCUGGACGCGCCCUCGCGAGGCAGAACGUUGGGCUUUGGGUCAAGGGAUAAGCGGAAGCGGUGGAGUGUUUGCGGUGCUGAACGACGGCAAGACCUCGACUUGGAAACGAUUUGGGAAGAUUGA